AUUUUGACUUUGGAACGCAAGCUUUGAAGAGUUCGACUAUAUUAUAGCACUUCAGCUACUCAAGAUAUUCGCAGUCAUUUUGAAGAUACUUUGCGGACAACAUCAAAAUGACUUCAACCAAGAAACCCAAGUUAUCAUUCAGCGUGGAUUUCCUUAUAUCCGACAGCAAAUCGAACGAGAGACAUACGGACGACAAGGAGAAAAGUAUCAGAGAUAACUCUAGCGAAUGUAGCGAUAUUUCUCCCGCCCCAAGUCCGGUUAGGCAGAAGAACUUUUCCGUUGAUGGAUUGCUACAAUCAAAAAUGAUGGGUCUCAAUCCUUGCUGGCAAGCUGGUUUUCCUGUGAACCACUCUGGACCUUUACCCUGGUUUCCAACCCCCGCCUCUUUGGGAUCUCCACCUCAUCAAGGAACGCCGGUCUCAUCGGCGGCACCAAGAUUACCUGCAGCACCGAAUAAAUGCGCUUUGAGAAAGCAUAAGCCUAAUCGCAAGCCAAGAACACCUUUUACGACGCAACAAUUAUUGUCUUUAGAAAGGAAGUUCCGGCAUAAACAAUACCUUUCCAUAGCCGAAAGAGCUGAAUUCGCGUCUAGUUUGAAAUUAAGCGAAACACAGGUUAAAAUAUGGUUCCAAAAUAGAAGAGCAAAGGCGAAACGAUUACAAGAAGCCGAAUUAGAAAAAUUACGAAUGGCGUCCAAACCAAUUCUACCACAUAAUUUACCUUCAUUGCCAUUUAGCGGUCAUCCCGGUUGGUUGCCAACGUCGACUAGUUUAAAUCAUUUUCCAUCGGCGUCGCUCUACCCAUCUGUUCCGCAUUGACAUGCAAAAAAACGGUUCUCUUUAUGAAAAUCAUGGUGCUGUUAUUUAUUUGUUUCGCUUGACUGGCUUUUGUUGUGAGUAAAAUGCAAAAAAAUUUUACUAUUUUUUACCCAAAAAAAUUGUUGUUUGAUUAUCAAUUUGCCAUGCACAUCUUGUAUAAAGUUACUAUUGUAUAGUUGAAGGAAUUUGCACUAUACUGAUG